AUGCGUGUCUUCAGCGUGGCGCUGUAUAUACAUGCGGUAUCGUGGCUAGCUUUGUGCCGUCUCGAUGAGCCAAAUCUCUCAACUUACACAUGUGCCAGUCUUCUCCCAACUGGCAAAGAGUUAUUGAAGAAUUACCAGAAGUGGAGAAUUGAAUGCCCAGAAAUAAGUGCAGAUUUACAACCAUCUUCUGUUCUUGGUCUUUUGCAUGCUGGCUAUCAUGGAGUCCUGAGAUCAAGGGACCCACAGGGAAGCAGAGUUCUAAUAUACAGAAUUGGACAAUGGGAUCCCAAGUUAUUUACGGCAUACGAUGUGUUUCGUGUAAGUCUUAUCACAUCUGAACUCAUUGUAAAGGAGAUUGAGACUCAGCGGAAUGGAGUAAAGGCUAUCUUUGAUCUUCAAGGGUGGCGAUUUGCUCAUGCAUUUCAAAUCAGUCCAGCAGUGGCCAAGAAAAUUGCUGCUGUGCUUACAGAUUCCUUUCCACUAAAAGUUCGAGGUAUCCACUUGAUUAAUGAGCCUUUAUUCUUCCACCCAGUCUUCACUCUAAUUAACCCUUUUCUCACUGAAAAAAUAAAAGAACGGGUGCAUAUGCAUGGAAAUAACUACAUGCAGAGUCUGACCGAACACUUCCCGAUCAGCAUUCUCCCACAGGAAUAUGGGGGGGAGGAAGUCUCCAUUGAAGAGCUGGCCAAGGAAUGGACUGACUUUAUAAUGGCAUCUGCAGAUUAUCUUCAGAGCAUUUCUGUGGUUGCCCAGGAAUAACCUUACUACAGUAUUAUAUCAAUUCUUGAACACUGGAAGUGGAAAUAAGUUUAAUAUGAAAUCUUCCAUGUAAACUUGAAAUUACUGUAAAUGAAACCAGUAUGUCUUCGCAGGGCACUGAGUAGUAUAUUGACUGCACUUUUAUACUGACUGGAGUCUAUCAGUAUGUAUGUCUGAAGAGAUUAAUGAAUUCUACAUGUUUGC